GCACCUGUUCUCAUCUGAUAUAGCCUAAGAAUAAGAGUAACAACAAAAGGGAAAAUGAGACUUCUCCUCCUUCUCCUGCUUGUCCAAGCAUUCCACCUGGCAUCACUCCAAUAUACAACAGACUCUCCAGGGAGAACGAUUGAUAAGAGUUGGUUGCGUGCACGAGGCAAAAUUCCACAAGGAAGUGAGAAUGCUACGUUUACUAAAGGAAACGAUGAGGGAGCUGAUGUUACAGAGUCAAAUAAUGACUACAGUGGGACAGCAUCUGGCUCAAUGGUAACAUAUUCAGGAGAAGAGGAAAACAGUGGAAAUGAGAAAUGGGAGGAUCAGAAUGUUACCACCUCGACCCUGAGUCCUGGAGUUCAAAAUGGUACGAUCGAGCUAACCGAGCUGUUGCCGACCACAACCACAGAUCCCACAAACUCAAGCCAGAUCAACUUGACGAAAAUUGAAGGGGAAUUUAAUAAAACGGUGACCCCGCGAAACUCCACUGGCUUCCCAGAUUACUCUAAUCGCACCGAUUUAGAGUCAAAAACCUCGGUUCCAGAGACCAACACUACAGAAGAGCACACAACAACCAACACAACAACUCUGACCACAAAAGCGGUGCCAGGGAUAAACGCGACAACCACCACGUCUUCACCUACAACGGUGUUUCGUCCCAACGUCCCGGAGACUACAACUGCUGCUGCUCCAAACACGCCUGAGAAGGUCAACAAGACAGACAAAAGCGCGGGCUUAGCGGGCAGCUCCGAUACAGACGAAGGUUUCGCAACAGAUCCCCAGAUCAGUAAACGACACGAUGCCUGGGGAGCAGUGCUGGGAACAGCCGUGGCUGUGGCAUUUGUGGGACUGGUGGCCUUCGUAAUCCUGAAGAAGAAACAACAGAAGGCCUUCUCUCACAGGAAGCUGGUUGAGGAGUAUCCUUCCGAGCCAGUUCUCAGAUUAGACAACAGUGAGCCUAUGGACUUGAAGUUUGGUGCCUACUACAACCCAGGAGUACAAGGGGACACCAUCCAAAUGUCCAACCUUCCAGGCCGCCGUUGA